AUGCAUCUCUCGUUGUCGCUCGCCGCGGUCCUCGUCGUUGCGAGCGUCGAGGCCGCCCGCAAGACCCACACGGCGUUCACGCGCCCCAUCGUGCUUCCCCAAGGCGGCGUCAGCAACGACUUUCACAUCCUGCCGAUCCCGAAAGGCCCGAUCGCUGUGUCCCGCUUCGCCGCCGAAAUCGUCGAGAUCCUUGACAACGGCACGGUCGUCCCGACGCCCAACUACGACGCGUACCUGCACCACCACGUCGUCGGGUCCCGCCACUCGUCGUACAAGGCCAAGCAGUCGACGUGGACACCGAUGAAGAACUCGGAGCGCAUGUAUGCGGGUGUCGGGUUUGGCGCCGGAACCGAGUCGCGCGGGACCCCACAAGAAUUUCAGUUCCCCUAUGCGUUCGUCACGUCGGAGGGCGAAGACGAGUGGAUCGCCAACGUCCACAUCAUCAACACGCGCCAGAUGACUCCCGACCGCGCCCACCACUGCCUCGAGUGUCCGUGCACGUCGUCGGACCUGUUCGCCAACGGCACGGUCAACGGGUACGAGCUCGGGUUGGUGUGCAACGCACAGCUCUUGCACGAGAAGAACGCCGCGUGCUUUGCCGACACGUACUCUGGAGGUCUGCGGUGCUGCAACGACAAGGAGCUGUGCUUGGAGCCGGCCGACCUCGACGCCACCGCCCCCAACUCGACCUACUACCUCCAGUACACGUUCGACUACGACGACGUCGUGAGUCCCCAAGUUCGCCCGUUGUACCUGGCUGCGUGCUGUGACGCGUCGGGCGACCUCAAGUACCACGGCGCCGUCGAGUACGACAUCCCCAAGUGCAUUCCCGACGAGAACCCGGGGUGCACGCACACGCUGUCGACGCGCCAGCACAUUGGUCGCGCCGGCGCACCGCGGCGGCCUCGGCAUCCAGCUAUUUGA